GGCAGUAUCUCCACUUUGUGUUUAGUUGUUGAACAAUGGCUGGAAGUUGGUGUUUGGUUCAGAUUUUGGUGGUUUGUGCUCUCUGUCAUGCUGUUCCACAAUGGAGUAAAUCGCUUCAGGAUGUUCAGUCUCUGAUGACCCAGCAGUUUCAGCUUCAGAAGCCAGUUCAACAACCAACUAACCAGUGGCUUCCUCCACAAAAUAUGCUUCCGAAGCCAGUUCAACAACUGACUAAACCGCAGUAUCUGGUUCAGAAGCCAGUUCAGCAACCAGCUAACCAGCAGUUUCCGCUUCAGAAGCCAGUAGUGCAGGCAGAUCCCCUUGAUAAAUGUGCUGUAGCUGAUUCCGAGCAGAUCCAAUGUGGUCUACCUGGGAUCAGUGGUGCUGAGUGUGAAGCUAUUAACUGCUGCUUUAAAGCACAGCAGUGUUUCUAUGGGAGAGCGGUGACUGUCCAGUGUAUUAGAGAUGGUCAGUUUGUGGUAGUGGUGUCGAGAGAUGUUACUCUGCCUCGACUGAGUCUGGAUUCGGUUCAUCUACUGGGUGGAAACGACCAACCUUGCGCUCCUGUGGGGUCCACACCUUCCUUUGCUAUAUACCAGUUCCCUGUGACCGCAUGUGGCACGAGCGUGAUGGAGGACGGCGGAUAUGUGGUGUAUGAAAACAGAAUGACCUCAUCGUAUGAAGUGGGGAUUGGACCAUAUGGUUCCAUCACAAGGGACAGCCAUUUUGAGUUUCUCUUCCAGUGUAGAUACUCUGAAACUUCUGUGGAAGCUCUGGUUGUGGAAGUCAACUCUGUUCCUCCACCUCCACCAGUAGCUGCUCCUGGACCUCUCCGGGUGGAGCUCAGACUGGCCAAUGGCCAAUGUGUCACCAAAGGCUGUGCUGAAGGGGAUGAGGCCUACACGUCCUACUACAGUGACGCUGAUUAUCCCAUCACAAAAGUCCUGCGAGAGCCGGUGUAUGUUGAGGUGCACAUUAUGGAGAGGACUGACCCCAACAUUGUCCUGAUGCUGGGACGCUGUUGGACUACUUCAACCCCCAGUCCACUCAGUCUCCCCCAGUGGGACCUUCUGAUCAAUGGAUGCCCUUACCAGGAUGACCGUUAUCUGACCACACUGGUUCCAGUGACCGGAUCUUCUGGUCUUCAGUACCCAACCCACUACAAGCGCUUCGUUGUGAAGAUGUUCACCUUUGUAGAUCCAGCCUCACUGGCUGCUCUGCAGGAAACCAUCUUCAUCCACUGCAGUACAGAGGUGUGCCAUCCAUCAUCUGGCUCUUGUGAGCAAAGCUGCACCAGGAAACGAAGAGAUGCUCGUAUGAAGGCUGUCUCUGGGGAGCAGACUGUGGUUUCUAGUGGCGCAGUAACUCUGGUCGUGUAAAUCUAGACUUUAAUAAACUUUGUAGAACCCCGAG